ACCAUUCAACAUUCCCAACCAGUCUGUCUGGGUACAUGUCAGCACUCCUUCAUCCUCUGUCGCUUUAUCGCCACUCCACCAAACUUCAUCUCACUACCAUUCCCAUUUCUCUCUCUUCCAUCGCCGUGAAUCGGCCAAAAUGGGUUUAAUCGCCGAUCCCGGCGAGUGCUCUCAGUCAACGCCGCUCAGUUUCGAUGAGUUUCAGCGGCAGACGUCUCUGAUGACCAGCUGCACUCUCUUAUGGAAAGAGCUCUCUGAUCACUUCACCUCCCUCGAGCAGGACCUCUUGAAGAAGUCCGAAGCCCUCAAAACCAAACUCCAAACCCUAGACUCUGAAACUAAACACUCCCUCGAGGCUCUGGAGAAACGCGAGAGCUCUAUCUCCGCGUCCAUCUCCAUUGCUCUCCAGAAGCUCAGCGAUAACAGCAAAGCCGCGCUCGUGGAAUUGAAGAGCCACGGCGCUGAAUCGGAGGGCGAGGGUUUGGAGCAACCGGAGGUGGAUAAUUCUGCCGGAUUGCUGUUAAAGUUGAGGUCUUUUUGUGUUCAGAUGGACUCUAGAAGCUUCUGGAGUUUCGUGAUCGUUCGGAAGAAGGAAUUAGAGGUUUUGAGGUCGGAAAUUCCUAAAGCGCUCGGGGACUGUGUGGAUCCGGCGAAGAUGGUGCUUGAAGCGAUAUCGGAGGUGUUUCCGAAGGAUAGAAGGGAGGUGAAGAGCGACAAGAGCAAUGAUUUGGGGUGGGCCUGUGUGCUUUUGCUGGAAUCGCUGAUUCCAGUAAUGAUGGAUCCAUUGGUGGGCAGUGAGAGGAUGCUGGUGACACCGAGCGUGAGGGAGAAGGCUAAUGAAAUCGCAGAAACGUGGAAGAAGAGUUUGGAUGAAAGAGGAGGGAUUGAGAAUGUGAAGACCCCUGAUGUGCAUACUUUCCUGCAACAUUUGCUGACUUUUGGGAUUGUUAAGAAGGAAGAUUUCGAUUUGUACCGAAAGCUUGUUGUUGGGUCUGCUUGGCGGAAGCAGAUGCCCAAGCUCGCUGUCUCACUUGGUCUCACUGAUAAAAUGCCUGAGAUGAUUGAGGAACUAAUCAGCAGAGGACAGCAGCUAGAUGCUGUGCAUUUCAGUUGUGAAGUUGGCCUUGUUGACAAAUUCCCUCCCGUUCCUCUUCUGAAAGAUUUUCUGAAAGACGCGAAAAAAUCUGCUGCUGCAAUUCUUGAAGAUCCUAGCAAUUCUGGUCGAGCUGCGCACCUGGCUGCAAAGAAAGAGCUAUCAGCUGUUCGUUCGGUCCUCAAGUGCAUUGAAGAGUACAAACUCGAAGCUGAGUUCCCUCCCGAAAACCUCAAAAAGCGCCUCGAGGAGUUGGAGAAGUCCAAGACUGAGAAAAAGAAGACAGCAGCAACCACCGCCACUGCAGCCCCUGCGAACAAACGUACACGCGUCAACAAUGGAGGCCCAAUGCCCCCAGCCAAGGCUGGCCGCUCGACCAAUGCUUACGUAUCUUCUUUCCCAUCAGCUCCCGCGUUUGUCAGGUCACCUCCACACACCCAAUACCCUGUCGGAGUCCCAGCCUACCCGACAUCUCCAGCCAUGUAUGUCCACGGGGGAAGCAGAAGUCCCCCGUAUGUGUACUCCCCCGAAGCUGCUCCUUACCCAGGCUCCCCCUACUCACCAUACGGAGGCUACAGCAAUGCCGUGUCACCAGCUUACCAUCAAGCUUACUACUGAUAGAAGACGACAUAACUGCCCGGGUUAAAUAUGGUGACUACUAAUAUCAUGACGCGAUCUAAAUGUCUUUUAAAUGGUUUGUAAUCGCUAACUGUAAUGGUAGAUUUGUGCUGUGUUAAUCCUUAAUAUAGACAUCUAUAACUCUAUUACUGAUUCUUGCUUAGCAAUGAGCAGGUUGUAUUUCUGAUGUGGAUCAAGUAAGUAAUACAGUAGGUGUUUUGUGCCAAA